AUGACCGCUGUGGUUCGACCUGGAGUCAGUGUUUCAGUGCUAUGUGGGGAUGGAGACAAGCUCCUUGAGGCUGGCGAGCUGGGGAGGGCUACCUCUCUCUACAUGUCUGCCUUCAGGACUCACGCCGCCUCCACCAUGUCCCACAUGCGGAAACUGAAGUCAGGCCUGGGUGGGGUGAUCUCUAUUCUAGAAGGUUGGCUUGACAGUCAUGGGGAGAACCACCCUGCGGAGGCUCUUAAUAAAGGUCUUGCAGCUGUGUUUCUGUCCACACUCUGCCCCAACAAUCUGUCAGCCACCAUUUUCAAGAUGGAGUCUCUCCUUCAGAGUGGCGGGCAUGGCUGCGAGGAGAUUUUUGCUCGCUGCACUGCUCUGCUUGAAGGGAUUCAAAACCCUCAUCCUCAAGAUGCGACUGGCAUGAUGUUGGAGAUAACUCGAGCCCUGGCCUGCUUGUUCUCAGAGCCUCACAGUAUCAAGGGACUGAAGCUUUACCUAAAAGCUUACCAGAGUAACACAUCUGAAACCAUCGCACUGGUGAAAAGCAGACAAGCUCAGCACCUACCUAAAAUAGUGAAGGCCUUUAAAGACCAAUUACUGCACAUAAACCCCUCUUUAAUAUUUGACAGUGAGCGUGCAAUGACAACAAAGGAGAGGGAGAAGCUAGAUGUAGAGACUUCGUCUACAAUCAUUACGUUUUUAUUGGCUCUCUCACCUGGUAAUCGAGAAGUGCAGGAACUUCAAGCAGCAUAUUUGUUUUUGACAGGCAAGUUUAUGGACAGUGCAGAAGUGUUCUCCGGUCUCUUGCAUCAUGGUUAUUGUCAGAGAACGUCAGAGAGUAGUACAGACAAGUCAUUCCAAGACUCUCCUGAGAGGAGAGCUGGAUUCUUAACCAGUCGAGCAGCUGCCUGCUUGUCAGCAGGUGGACGGACAGCAGAGGCGUGCAGGGAUCUGGGGGAGGCAUUUGAGAUCCACCCUGCCACUGCCCGAAUUUAUUUUCAAAAGCUAUUUACAGAUCAUGGCACAGGGGUGGCAGCUCGCAACCAUCUCCGUCAGCAGGCAGAGAGAGGCCUGUCUGGUUACAGAGAAAGGGUUCUCUUCCGUCCAGACCUGCGGUCCACUGAAGGAGUUGAGCUGCUGGACCCUGCAAUCACUCAGUUACGGACCCUGUGCCAUUUAGAGGCUGACGGAGGAGGGAGGGAGCUGCGGGUGCGACUUGCUGACUGUCUUCUCCUCAGAGGGGAACACAAAGAGGCCCUCUCUAUCUGCAGCCAGCUAGCUGCUGCUCAAGGUCAACAGAGCUAUCAAAACACGGUGCAGGUUCUUCGUGGAUAUGCACGACUUCUCUCAGAUGACCACAAGGGGGCUUUAGAAGACUUCCAGGCUGUGAUUGAACACAAUGCCCCCCACCCAUCCAGCUGUGUGCGGGCACUUUGUGGCAGGGGGCUCCUGCGCAUGAUGGGGGGGUUACACUAUCUCACAGCUCUAGACUAUGUGACGGCCAGCGGGCUGCACCCUCAGGAAACAGCACUGACUGUUCGCUGCUUAGUGCCAUGGAACUACCGGGGGCUGCUGUUUACUGUUUUACUGGAGCAGGGACGAGUCAUGCUGGAGGGGACAGGAGAGCACAAAUCCAAGUCCAGGUCCAGUGAAGACUCCGUCACUCCGUCAAAGAGAGACAACCACAAAUCAGGGACUCCUGCUCGUGUCCAGUCUCUGGCUGCGCUGCUGAUGGAGCUCCAGCCUGGUGCUGAUGGGUCUCAGAUCCUGGCAGCAGAUGCCUUGUACCAGCUUGGCCGGGUGGAAGAGGCCUACCGGCUACUACUUUCCAUCGGAUCCACCAGCCCGAGGGCACCCAUCCUGGCUCGCCUCGCCCUGCUGCAGCUUCACAGAGGCUUUCUUUAUGACACCAAUCAGCUGCUGAAAAAGCUUGUUCAGUGCAGCGAGACAAGCUGCUUGCGCCCCCUGCUGGCGGUGGCACAACAGAAGGACCGGACACAGCUGCAGGCGCACUGCCACUCCGCUGCGAAACGCAUCCUGGAGGGCACGCGAGAGGAGAGCACCGUCAGGGAGGCUGUGGCUUAUCUCUCCAUCGCUAUCAUGGCCUCUGGUGGCGAGGCAGCAGAGUCUUUGCUGGAGAGAGCGAGGUGUUACGCCCUGCUGGGCCAACGAAAGACGGCCAUCUUUGAUUUCAGUGCUAUUUUGAAGGAGCACCCGAAACACGUUCAGGCCCUCUGUGGAAGAGGCUUCACCUAUCUCAUGCUGAACCAACAAAAGGAAUGCACUCAUGAUAUCUUGGCAGCACUUCAGAUAAACCCUGACAUAGGCAUCAAAGACAUCCUGUCACUCAAUGACAAGGCACGGAAGCUGGUCUGUGAUUGGUUGCAUGAGUUCUGUCGGACCAAUCUGUCAGAUAUCCUGCUCGCUAAUGCUGUCCCCUGCCAGGAAGAGCAGCUCAGAGAGGCUUUUGUAAUUGGUGGAGCUCUGAUGAGGACUGACUGCAGAGACCCCAGAUGGCAUCUCCUCUAUGUGGACAUACUCUUAGCCAAAGGUGAAGUUAAGGCAGCAGGCGCUCAUCUGUGCCAGGUGUUCGGCCAGGAGCCAAGAGAUGCAGUGGCCCAGGCCAGGCUGGGUGUGGUCGAGGCCUGGCAGAAGAACUACCGCAGCGCAGCUCACAGGCUCAGCAAACUGCCUGAGAAAGACCCAUCCAGUCUGGUCUUCUUGCUUUCGCUGAUCCCAUUCAAUCAGCGAAAACGCAUGGCACAGGCAGCAGCACAGGAGGCCAGCAGAGUGUCAUCAGGUGGCCAGUGGGAUCAGGCCCUCUCACUGCUGACUGUGGCAGUACAAGCAGUGGGCUGUCACAGACUCCAUUAUCUUCGGCAGCGGGCUGCUUGCCUCGCUCAGCUGGGCCUACACGAGCGUGCCAUAUCGGACCUGGACACAGUUAUCCGGAAACACAGUGGAUCCGACUCCAGCUGCUCAGAUGACCCCAAAGUCUGGGCGGAGGACCUGUGUCGGCGAGGCCGCAGCCUGGUGCUCUGUUCCAGAGAAGGAGCAGCGCUUGAGGACUUUUCUCAGGCCUUGGAGCUCCACGGGAAACAGACCAUCCAGUGUGUGGAGGCUGGACUGGGGAGGCUACGUCUGGGUGAGUGCUUCCUGCGGGGGGCGCUGCAGCACUAUGGGGAGCAGCAGCUCAGUAAAGCCUCGACACUGAUUGAAUGUGGCCUAGUUGUGGACAGUGAGAACACAGAGCUCCGCAGACUGAGGGCAAAGGUCAAACGAGAAGUGGCCAGCCCCUGCAAUAUCAACUAGUGUUGAUAGACAUAAACGCACAGGAGCUCCAGCCGAGCUCAGAUAAUGUAGUAUUGUAUGUAAGUAUGUAAUGUCGUAUUGUUGAGGAACAAUCUAAAACAACUU